CAUUGUGGGUAUCACUGAACCAUUAUGGCGGCUAUUCAUGAAGUCGCGCCUGACGCCUUGCCGUAUUACGAUCAGGGAUAUGAUGACCCAGGAGUAAGAGAAAUGGUCAAUCAGCUGGUUGAAGAAGAAACAAGACGUUACAGACCAACAAAAAAUUACUUAGAUUUUCUAGCUACACCAGAUUAUGAGGCUUUUGAGACGCCAAUCUUGAAGAAGGAAUAUGAAAGAAUUAGCAAAAGACAACCAAUGGACUUGCUCAGCAUGAAAAGAUAUGAACUUCCACAGCCUACUGCCAACCAAAAACAUGAUAUUACAUCUUGGACAGAAGCUGUGGAAAAUUCCAUGGCUCAACUUGAGCAUCAAGCUGAAAGAAUUGAGAAUCUGGAGCUGUUGUCAAAAUAUGGCAGUUCUUCUUGGAGAAUUUACAACGAAACUCUUACAAGAAUACUGGCCCAACAGCAGAAGAAACUCAUGGAUAUUAAGAAAGAAAUUCAAGAAGUAAACUGGCAGCGUAAAACAGAGCAGACCAAAGCAGGGGAACAACUUCAACAUCUGGAGCAAAGUUGGGUUGGGCUGGUGACAAAGAAUUAUGAAAUAGAAAGAGCUUGUACUGAACUUGAAGCAGAACUUGAAAGACUCAAACAAGAGACUUAACAAGAAGCUGAUCAGGCCCCAACACAGUUCAAAACUCAGUGAAGUGUGUGGGUCAGUGAAGGAGUUUGUCAAGUUGCAUCCAGUUAUUCCAGUACACGAGACAGAAGAAGGAAAACAGUACUCCUCUGCGCAAUUCUUACUUAAAUAUUUAUAACUAAUGUAGUUACUGUUACGCGCAAGUUUUAUACUCACAACACACACCAAGUGUUUAUUGUUGUUAUUUUUGGUGCUGCUAGUUGUCAGCCGUAGGCAUGAUCUCAUGUUAUUGUCCACUCUAGGGACUAGAAACCAGGUGAUUGGCAAAAAAGGUGCAUUGAUUUAUUCAGAUAGGCUGUGUGGCUUAAUAAAAGUCAACAAACCUGUAACGCGCAGAGCAGUCCCCAAUUUUCUGUUUUAUUUUUCCUUUCCCUUUGAUUACUUCUUUCCAGUUUUUUUUUUCUUAUGAAUAAAUUUACUUCAAUCUUA